AGGGGGCGGAGAAAAGCCGCAGCUGCAACUUCGCCUGGAGGCUCUGAGCCCAGCCUGGGCUCAGCCGGGGACCCAGCCGCCGUCACCGCGGAGCCGCUGCUUCCCCGGCCCGGGCCUCAGCCCAGCGGGUUGGGCCAUGGCAGCCGCCGCCGGCGGCGCCGCGUCGAAUCUGGCCCCUGCGCUCCCCGCCCGUCGCUGAGCAGCCGUUAACCAGACCGCCUGCUCGCCCUCCAGCGCUUGCUGCCGCGGCCCGAGGCUCCGCACAAGUUUCCGCCGCCGAAGAAGCAGGAGGCGAAGGCGGGGGAGGACGGACGAGGGGAGUCGUGCGCCCCCGGCCCUCCCGCCCGCUAUGUGGGGGCGCUUCCUGGCCCCGGAGGCCGGCGGCCGAGACAGCCCCGGCGGAGCCCGCAGUCUCCCGGCGGGCUCAGAUUAUUCUUCAUCAGCAUGGUUACCUGGUAAUGAAUCAUUGUGGCAGGCCACAACUGUUACAUCUAACCAUCGAAAUAAUCAUAUCAGGAGACAUAGUAUAACUUCUGACAGUGGUGACACCGGCAUUGGGACUUCCUGUUCUGACAGCGUGGAAGAUCAUUCAACUUCAAGUGGCACAUUAUCUUUUAAGCCUAGUCGAUCAUUGGUUACUCUUCCUACUGCCCAUGUCAUGCCGUCUAACUCCAGUGCUUCAGUUUCCAGACAUAGGGAAUCAUUGACAUCAGAAGGCUCAAAAUGGAGUACAAGCCUCAUGCAAACAUUGGGAAACCAUAGUAGGGGAGAACAGGACUCUUCACUAGACAUGAAGGACUUCCGGCCUCUCCGGAAAUGGUCAUCUUUAUCCAAACUCACUGCCCCGGAUAACUGUGGCCAGGGUGGCAUCGUACAUGCUGAUGAGUCAAGGAGUGGUUUGGAAAAGACAGGGAGAGCCAAGGUUUUAACGUCGCAACUAAGAACAAUUGGGCCUAGCUGCUUACAUGAUAGUAUGGAGAUGCUUAAGCUAGAGGACAAGGAAAUAAAUAAAAAACGAUCAUCAACUCUGGACUGCAAAUAUAAAUUCGAGAGCUGUAGCAAAGAGGACUUUAGAGCUUCUUCCUGCACUCUUAGGAGACCGACCUUAGACAUGACAUACAGUGCCUUACCUGAAAGCAAGCCCAUUGUGACAAGUGCAGAGGCCUUUGAACCUCCGAAAUAUUUAAUGCUGGGUCAACAGGCAGUAGGUGGAGUUCCCAUUCAGCCUUCUGUGAGGACGCAGAUGUGGCUUACAGAGCAGUUGCGGACAAACCCUUUGGAAAGUAGAACUACAGAGGACUCUUACAGUUUAGCUCCUUGGCAACAGCAGCAACUUGAAGAGUUUCGACAAGAAAAUGAAACACCAAUGCAGGUUUUGACUGGAUCGUCUCGUCAAAGUUAUUCACCUUCUGGCUAUCAGGAUUUCAAUAAGUGGGAAUCAGUGCUGAAAAUAAAAGAAGGACUGCUGAGACAGAAAGAAAUUGUAAUUGAUCGGCAGAAGCAACAAAUUACCCACCUACAUGAGAGGAUAAGGGAUAAUGAAUUACGGGCACAACAUGCCAUGUUAGGACAUUAUGUAAACUGCGAAGAUUCUUAUGUGGCUGGUUUGCAGCCACAAUAUGAGAACAGUUCACUCCAGGCUCCAUUUUCCGAUCAAUCAAUGUCCCAUUCCCAGCAAGAGGAACUUGAGCAAAAGCUUGCGUCUACUGAGAAAGAGGUUUUGCAGCUCAAUCAGUUUCUCAAACAAAGAAUAAGCCAAUUUAGUGAAGAGAAGAAGAAACUGGAGGAAAAGCUUAAAACCAGAGAUAGAUAUAUCAGUAGCCUGAAAAAGAAAUGCCAGAAGGAAUCUGAACAAAACAAAGAAAAGCAGAGAAGAAUUGAGACCUUGGAAAAGUAUCUGGCUGAUCUUCCAACUCUAGAUGAUGUACAGAGUCAGAGUCUACAGCUUCAGGUUCUAGAAGAAAAAAAUAAGAAUUUGCAAGAGACUCUCCUAGAUAUGGAAAAAAAACUUGAAGAGAUCAAAAAACAGUGUCAAGAAAAAGAGGCACAGCUAAUAUGCCAGAAAAAGAAAGAAAAGGAGUUGGUAACUACAGUUCAGAGCUUGCAGCAAAAAGUAGAAAGAUGCCUUGAAGAUGGAAUUCGCCUUCCCAUGUUAGAUGCAAAACAGCUUCAGAAUGAAAAUGAUAAUCUGAGAGAACAAAAUGAGAAUGCUAGUAAGAUAAUAGACAGCCAACAAGAUGAGAUUGAAAGAAUGACUGUAGAAAUUCAGUCUAUGCAAGGGAAACUUUCUAAAGAAAAAUCAGCUACUCAAAAGAUGAUGGAAGAGCUGGAAAAGAAAGAAAGAAACCUACAGAGAUUAACAAAAACAUUGCUUGAUAACCAAAGGCAAACAGAAGAGACGUGCUCUUUAUUGGAUCAGGGCCAGGAAGCAGACCAAUCCAGGCAGCAGACAGUACUUACCAAAUGGCCACUAUCUGAUUUGAGUGUGAUUGAUCAGCUGUUCAAGGAAAUGUCCUAUUGUUUGUUUGACUUGAAGGCAUUGUGUAGUAUUCUCAAUCAGCGUGCUCAGGGCAAGGAGCCUAAUCUUUCAUUAUUACUGGGAAUCAGAUCAAUGAACUGUUCAGCUGAAGAGACUGAGAAUGACUAUAGCCCAGAAACACUCACUAAAAAAUUGUCAGACGUAUGCCAGUUACGGAGGGACAUCGAUGAAUUAAGGACUACAAUAUCAGACCGCUAUGCCCAGGACAUGGGAGACAACUGCAUUACCCAGUGAUCAACUAUUGGUCCCACAGCAAUAAUGACCCAUUGUUAAAUGCUGCUGUGUUACAGUUCUUCAUAUUUCUUUUUAGGAGCCAUAAUGGAAAGUCGCAAGUGACAUAUCACUUACACAUAGGAUUUUUUUUUUCUGUGGAUUUGUUUUACUGGGGGAGAAAGGGGAUUUGAUGAGGUUUCAAAGGGGCUUAUCUAAUCAGGCCAAAAAACCAAAUUACUAUUAGAAAAAUGUGAUGAAGUGUAUAAGGGGGAAAAAAAAAAUCUGUCUUCUCAAACUACUGAUUGUAGGACCAAGCUGUGAAGAGUGCCCUUCAGAUAAAGGAGUAGGAUUUCUUUUUAUCUGCAGUUGUGUGUGUGUGUAUGUGUGUGUGUGUGUGUGUAUUCACAAAAUUAUAAGGAUUUCUAAGGUCAAAGCAAAGCUUCUAAGAAAGGCACACACUGUUUAUUCUUGUAUUUCUUUUCUUUCAUGUAGAAGCUUGUGUUGUACUUUGGGGUUUUCAAGGGCUGGCUGCACAAGAGCUCCAACAGCAGGCGAGUGUUUUAAUAGUAGUACAGCUGUCUUUUGAACCAUCUGUCUUUCAGACAACCACUGUGCUGAGAUGAUGAGGUUGUGGGGUUGGGUUGAUGUUAGCACUGUAGAUAGGUCAGCUAUUUUUCCAGAGUGAUUGUGGGUUGCCUUCGAGGUAUGAAAUGUUAUGUGAUAAUCUUUUUCAUUAGCAUUGCAAUUUAUAUAUCACAAGGCAACUUAACACAACUUGAACUAAUUUUAACAUGUCCCUUACUAUUUACAAUUUUUCACUUGUAUCAAUGUAAACAAAGCCAUAAAGAAUUAAUGCUAACCUUCUAAGGCCAUUGUAAAAGAAGGAUUAAAAAAGUCACUCUGGAACAAUAGUUUAUUUAUCCAAUUCUCAAAUGUUUACAUUUUAACAGUUUUGUAUGUCUUAAAGUUAAAACUACUUUAAGAAAAAGCCAACCUGUAUUCUUUAUAUCAGAAUUAUCACAAAUAUAAAACAAAAUCAAAACCAGGUGAUAUUUCAAUUACAUGUAUUAGGUAAAGUACAUUAAAAACAGGGUUUUUCAUACAAGACAAGAUUAUUUCUUCUUCUGGAGUGCAGGAUAUCAUUAUGAGAUGCAACUGAUUUUUAAGUAGACAUACAAUUAUUUAAACUUCCAAAUGAGUAUUUUCCUGUUUUAGUUGGAGGUUUGGAAAGACUACAUAUUUUAUUGCCUUCAGAGCAUUUAUUACAUUCUUUUGAAUAUACUUAAUUAUGGCAAUCAUUGUUCUUUACAAACUGGUUUGUUUUCUUGAUGCAGCCAGGUCUCAUGUAGGUCAAGACUAAAUAAGAGGUGGAAGGAAUAAGGGGUGUGAAUUCAGCAGGAUAAUACUGUUUGGGGCAAGAAGAGAUCACAUGUCUGGUUUUUUUGCCAGGCUUAUAUACUGGCAUAAAGGCUGCUCCUAGAAAAGAUUUUUCUUAAAUAUUUUCGGCAGUGAAAACAUAUGUGGGAUAAAAACUUCAAGGAAACUACCCAGGAAGACAUUCAGUUCAGAAUUUGGCUAAUAUGCAGCACUCAGUAAGUUAUUUUGUGGUUGUGUUACAACAAUUGGUUAUAAUACAUUGUAAGGACAUCAAACUUUCCUUUUGUUCAGUGCCUGAGUCCUCCCUACUCUUACUGCUUAGGAUCUGGGCGCUAAGAAAUCAGUGCAUUAUGUGAUUCUGCAUUCCAAAUACCUAUCCUAAUAAGGAAAAGUCAUCGUAAGAAUGUGGCAUUCUAAUUUGUUCAAUUGUUUUUUAAUGUUGGUGGUUUGAAGACAAUCAGGGAGUAGUAAAUUUAUACCAAAAAUCUGAUGCAAAAGAAUUCUGCCUUGUAAAAAUAUCUGUAAAAAUGGGCCUUUAUAGUAAGUAGAUAAUAGCAUCUGAACGAGAUAAGCCACGGUGCAGCACACAACAUUGUUCUGUUCUCUCUGAAUAGAAACUCCAGCCCCCUACCAGAGUACCUAGUCAUACCUCCACAAUUUUGGAAGUACAGGCACCCUAAGAUGAUAGCACUAAGGUGCAUAAAUAAUCACUGAUUUGGGUCACUAGGUUCUUAAUGCCUUCUAGGUUUUUAGUAUAUGUUUUGGAGUUUUAUGGUUAUUAUUAUUAUUUUAAACAAACUUAAACAUUUGCUUUAAUUUACUGUAGAUACAUAUUUUUUUCUGGCUUAGGAUAAAAUAUUUAAUUUUUUAAAUAAGGUUUCUAAAACUUACAGAAUUUGACUUAAUUCACAUGUCUUGAGGUAAAAAUGUGUUAAUUUAGAAAAUUGACAAACUACUACUGGUGUAUUUCAGUUCCAAAAUGUCUACCUCUCCAUAAAUAAAAAAGGAAAAUAAGAUGUGAUAGUGUAAGUAUAAGUUUAAAUAUAACCCUGAGUUACAAAAGUACAAAAGUAAUCUCUUGAAGUCUGGAGUUUGUGAAGGGACCUAGGUAAUAAGUAGACAGUCUUGGAAUAUUUUUGGGGAAAUGAAAUAGUAGUAUUCUAAUUUGUCAGUAUUUAGUUUUUAUUUUAUUUUUCAGAAAAUUCCCCUUUCCCAAGAUAACCUCUUCUGUUAGAAUAUAAUAAUAUCGAUAUCUCAAUUGAAAACAAAGAUUUUACUGUUAGGUCAAGUAAGAUGGGCAAAUAGAAACACUAUAGUGUCUUAUUCUAGUUUGAACUAGGAUGUUUUCAGAAGUUAUUAUACUGAUAUAUGUCUGAGAUGAAAAUUAACCUAAAUUUUGAAGUUUAAACGUAUUUGAUAAUUUCCUUAGAUGUGAAAACUUUUUAAUUAUGCUUUUGUAAGUUCAAUGCUUGUCUUCUUAGGAAGUGUCUCAUGCAGUAUUAACAUUUAUUAUUGGUCUUCUGGAUUUUGAAGUUGAGCUUAUUCGAGCAGGGAUAAAGUAACAGUAUCUCAAUAAAAGACCCAGUUACCUGUGCAGAUAAAAAUAACUGAAUCAAAGGCACAAUAGUUAGUUGUUUUUUUCAUUUGAUGUCUGAAGGAUGACUUUAGUUAAACUGUUAGUAAAUUUUCAGUGGCCUCUAAUUUUGAAAGCUUAAGUAGUGACUAGGUUAAGUCAUUCCUGGAUUUCUUUUUAAAUAAGUGUGGUCCCUUUUUAUAUUUGAAAUGGGAUUCAGUGUUUACUAUUAACAACAUUAUUUUUAAUGAAAUUUAUUUUGGUCAUGACAGUUAACUCACUGAAUUAGACUUCUUUCAGUAGCUUGUUAAAGACAAUCUCAAGGGCUGCAAAGUGUUGCUAAAAUGGAUAUUGUACAUUUCUGAUUCAGUAAGGAGCUUAUAAAUUAAUCUUGUCAUAGUUCAAGACAUUACUAGAAAUCUCUUCGAGGAUAUUUUUAAAGGAACUACUUUAUUGGGAAAAUGUUCUUUCAAUAUCAGUAAUAAUUCAUUGAAUAACUUAGUAGCUGGGAAUUUGGGACUGUAUUUUUACAUAGCAUAGCUCAGCUCAGGCACACCUUUAGUUUGGAUUAUUGGCAUUCUCUGAUGUAGAUUUCUGUCAUUGUAGAUAUGUAAUUACAGUAAUCAAUUCUCAUAACCAUGCUCACUCAGACUAUAUCAUUUGAACUGCCAGUAGCUAUAGCUCUCAAAGCCAAAGUUAAUUCAUUUUGUUCCCAUUUUUGACAAUUUUCAGUGUUCACAAAACAAGAAAAAUGACUUCCUAUUUGGUGUAAAGAGUAUAAUUUCCAACUUUACCCCAAGAUGCCAUGGUGGUAUAUUACUGUAUGAUAAUAUUAUACAUUUAAUCAUGAAGGGGGAAAGCUCUUGCAUUUUUUUGUUACUUAAAAGAAAUACUGAGUAUGUUAAUGUAGUUUCAGAUCAAUAAGUCAUUAACAACACUAUUGCAGCUGCACACAGAGAGAACCUUUUGUGCCUUUUUGCCUACAGUAAGCAUUCAUUUCUGUUUUAUGUGAGUUAUAAGAAUGUUGAUGAUUAUCGCACCUUGUUCUUCUGUAAAUAGACUUGAUUAAGGAUUUUUUUCUUAAGCAAGGAACAGGUUUCAUUACUAGGUUAGAUACCUUAGGAAACAUGAGAGGAUAUGUCUUUGGAGCCCAGCCUUUUCCCAGUAUAGUGAGCAGGAAACUCCUUCAGAAUGUAGUUAUUUGUGUGCAUAUGUGUGUAUAUUAUGUAUAAAUAUUUAAAUACAGGAAGAUAAAAUUUGGCAUCACAGUGGUGUGAUGACAAGAAGUAGUAAGGUGCUAGCGAGGUGGUUACAUUAAAAGCACAGAAGAGUGUAUAAUCAGUCACUAUGACUGGUGGUUUUGUAAACUCGGUUCAGUUUUUGAACCACCCAGAAUACCUCAUGUGUAAAUACAGAGUGGUCAUGACUUAAUUGAAAUACAGUUAUUGUAAAAAGAAUGUGAAGCCACUGGUUGGCUUAUGCCUUCUGAUCUAUCAUUCUUGCCUCUUUUUUUGUAAAGGGGUUAUUUUUUUGUUUUUGUUUUUUAAUAGGGUUUACAGCUAGAAUUUUGAAUGCCAAAGUUCUAUUUAUUAAAUUAAAAAAAGUUUUCAAUGUUAAUGGCUAAGUAUUUUUCCACUGGACUAUUGUUUGUGAUGUUGGAAUUUGUAUUUACAGAGAAAUAAAUUUUUUAUAAAAAGAUAUAUGUCUUUGGGAGUGCCUAAUGUUAAUAUAAGAAUGUAUUCAAAAUUUCAGACUCCACUGAAUUCUCAAUGACUUGACUUUUAGGUAAAAGCUUUCUAUGAACACACAAGAGAAUCUUUGACUAGAACAUGGAUACUUCUGCUUUUAGUCUCUUACAAUUUCUUUUCAGUUACUGAAAAGUUUUUUCUCAGAGUCUUUCCAUGAAGGGCACUGAGAUUUUCUGAUGACAGGUGCCAUAAAUACAAAGGCAUGCCUGUAUUUAUUUUAGCUAAUAGUGCUGUGUCCCCCUUUUCGAUUUUUUAAAAAUCCCUAUUUAAAUCAAGAGUUUUCUUUCUACUUUUCCAACAGACAGCAUCGGUUUCAGUUUUUCAUACUGCUGGAAGGUUGGGCUGGCAAGUUAAAUCAUAUUUAUUUUCCCCCUUUUAAUUAGAGGUUGAAACCUUACUGAAACAUACACAAAUACAACCUUGUUAAAAGGUUACUCCACAGGGGCCUUGACAUCUAAGCUUUAAUGGUUUGCUAGCCUGGGCCCGGAGAUGCCCUGUGGAUGGCACCCUUGGUCCUUGUUCUCACACGUAUGGGCGGUAGCCUCAAUGUCUCUAGGAAGUUGGUUAAUAUUUGGAUUAGCAGUAUCUGUUUGCAGUCCAACUAACUUGGCAUUGCUCUGUCAGUCUUUUGUGAGGCAUCUAAUUCAGUUAACAGGAGAAGGACCACUUUGGAAAUCAUGCAUCACAAACCAUAUAGGUGGCAAGCGAAUGUCUUACAAAUAAAAACAGAGUGGACAAAAUCCUAGAACAUUUUUAAGGUGAUUAGUAAAGAGGUCUCUCCUUCAGAAAGAAAGAUAUGAUUAUUUUUGAUCUGGUUAAAAAAAAAUAUUUUGAUGGGGGGGAGUCAACAAAGAGCUUUUGAUAGUGUACGUCCCAGUGAUUUGCCAAUGGUUUGAGCUUCUCCAAGCCAACUUCCCCUAACCAAACAGAACCAUUCUGUGUGGGAACACAGACGACUCCAUUUAAAAGAGGUGUGAGUGAGAUACAUGGUAGUAAUGGCACCAAAUGGUGGGGUGUGGAUCCAGCAGAGCUAACAUCCUUUAAAAAGGAACAAAAUCUUAACUUAGAAAAUGAAUGCUGUUGCAUCUAACUUUGAGUGCAUAUAUUAUGCACAAGUCUGGAGAAUAAUAAUUUAAACAGAAAUAGUGUAUACAGCUGGCAUCCCUUCUAAACCAGAAAGCAAGGUAAUUUAAUUUACAUCUUGUAUUCCUACACUGAUCAUUUAGUCAUAAAACAAGUGGUUAAACUUGUUUAAUCGCCUGUGAUUAAAAAAUAAUGCACAGCCAUUGCCUUCUAUAUCAUCAUCAACAUCAUCAUCAUCAUACUCAUUAACAUUUGAACACAUGCCAGCCUAGUGUAAGGACCUUGCAUAAAUCAUCUCGUUUAUUUCUCUUUAUAAUAUUCUAUGAAGUAGGUGCUAUUAUUAUCCCCACUUAAGGCCAAAAGAUUGAGCCAUAGAAAGGUUUAAUAUCUUGAACAAGUUAGAAGAGCUUGUAACAGCCACAAUAAGAACCAGACCUCUUUAACUCCAUAACCUGACUCUAAACCACUUGCUAGAUUUCUGUUGCAUAUUAGUGCUCAAAAUUAAACUCCUUCUUCCAAAAGCUGCUUCCUUGUUGAGCUGCUACGUUUCCAUAAGUUACGCCUUUAUUCCAAGAAUCAUUUGUGGUGAUUUCUUCCCUAUAUACCCAUCCAUAUUAGUUUCCUAUUCCUUCUGUAACAAAUUUCCACAAACUUACUAGCUUAUUGAAAUAUAAUUUAUUAACACAGUUCUGGAGGUCAGAACUCCAAAAUGGUUCUCACUGGGCUGAAAUCCAGGUGUUGACAGGGCUGUGUUCCUUUCUGUAGACUCUGUGGGAGAAUCUGGUUUUUUUGCUUUUUUUUUUGGCGGGGGGGCUUCUAAUUACAUUCCUUUGUUUAUGGCCCCAUUCUUCUCUCUUCAAAGCCAGCAAUGUCAGGCCAAGCCCCUUUCACACUGCCAUCUAUUUGGUUCUCCUCUGCUGCCCUCUUCCCCGUUUAAGAAACCCUAAGAUUUGAUUUGGCCCUCCCAGAUAAUCCAGGAUAAUCUCCCUAUUUUAGGGUCAUAGUUGAUUAGCAAUCUUAAUUCUGCUUGCAUCUUUAAUUCCUCUUUGACAUGUAAUUAGACAUGUAAUCUCAUAGGUUCCAGGGAAUAUGAUUUAGACAUCUUUAUGAGGGCUACUACUAUUCUACCUUCCACACUGUCUCCUAAACAAAUCCUUGUCAAAUCUUUAAGUUUCUAUUUUUCCAUUCUUUCACAUUUGUUUUGGGUACUUCAUUUCUGUUAACCUUGUUCUGUUUAGUCUCAAACUAUAAAAUAGAUGUCAGAUACUUGAGCUUUAAAAAAAUUAAAUUGGAACCUCCAAAGUCUCCUUUUAAGCUAUAUCAUUAAUGAUUCAGGUAUUUGCUUAAUCCAAGAAAACACAUGUAAGACCCUUGGUUUAACUUCUGAAAAAAAAAAAAAAAAAAAAAAAAAACAAGUAUUGUCUUUUUGGAGAAUUUCUGAAUUUUUAGAGCAUUAAUAUUUGUCAAUAUCUUAUAAAUGUGCCACAGUCUGGCUUUUUCUGAUUCUUAUGAUUAGAUUGAGGUCAAAUAUUUUUGGCAAAAAUGCUACUUGGGUGAUGUGUAUUUUUCAUCAUAUUUGGAAGUUCACGAUGUACCGUUAUUGGUGAUGCUAAAUUAGACCAUGUGGUUGUGCUAAAUAAUCAUCUUCAGUUUUAACAGUCAAAUGGAGGACAGGUGGCAAGGCUUUGGUGCAUAUAAAGUAGAGAGUUAGCAGGGUGCCUGGGUUGCUCAGUUGGUUAAGUGUCUGACUUUUGAUUUCAGCUCAGGGUUAUAGGAUUGAGCCACACGUUAGGCUCAACUAUAUGUAAUAAUGUACUUAUGUUAUAAAUAGAAAAUACUAUAUGAUUAAAUUUAUAUAAAGUGUUAGAUCGUGCAAAACUCAUCUAUGAGAUAGUGACUAGAAGAGGCACAAGGGAAGUUCUGGGCUUCUGGGGCUGCUCUAUUUCUUGAUCUGGGUGAUAUUUACACAGAUGUGCUCACUUUGUGAAAAUUCAUUAAGUGUACCCUUGUAAUUCCUGUGCUUUUCUAUAUGUGUGUAUAAUUAAAAAGUUUACACUAAAAAAGGAGCAAGGAACUUUGAGAAAAAUCAAAUAGAAUUUUUGGAAGGGAAAAAUAUGAUAAUUAAAAAUUAAAUGGAACAAUUAAAUAGCAUAUUAGAUACAAAGAGAGAAUUUGUAAACUGAAAUAGAGUCAAGAAAUCAUCCAGAAAAGUAGGUUGAAAACAAGAAGGAUAUAAUGACAUGGUUUAAUAAAAAAUUUAAUUGGAACUUCAAAAGGAGAAGAUUGAGAAAAUGGAGAAUAUGAAAUAUUUUUUUAAAGAUUUAUUUAUUUUAGAGAGAACAUGAGCAGGAGGUGGUGGGGGUGGGGAGGAUGCAGAGGGAGAGAGAGUCUCAAGCAAGACUGUGCUGAGCACAGAGCCCGAUGUGGGGCUUGAGAUCGUGGCCCGAGCCAAAAUCAAGAGUCAGACUCAACUGACUGAGCCACCCAGGUGCCCCAAGAAUAUGAAAUAUUUAAAGAGGUCAUAUUUAUUUACCUGGAUGGUAAAUUUUUCAGGAUGGUGCAUUAUAUUAAUUUUUGUAUAUUGAACCAUCCUUGCCUUUCAGGAACAAAUACUACUUGGUCAUGGGGUAUAAUCCUCCCCCCACCUCCCCCCAGUAGUAGUAGUUUUGUAGUAUAAUGUUCCUAGGAGUGGUUUUGCUUAUAUUGUCCCUGUUUAUGUUUGUUGUUGUUAUUUUUUUUUUAAGAUUUUAUUUAUUUAUUUGAGAGAGAGGAAGAGUGAAAGAGAUCACAGAGGGAGAAGCAGACUCACUACUAAGCAGAGAGCCUGAUGUAGCGCUCCAUCCCAGGACUCCCACAAGAUCAUGACCUGAGCUGGAGGCAGAUGCUUAACCAACUAAGUCACCCAGGCAUCCUGUCCCUGUUUUGGUUUGAUAGUUUCUUUGAAUCUGUGAGUUGAUAUAUUUCAUUUUGGAAAAUUCUCAGCUUAUUAUUCCUUUACAUAUUAUUUCUGCCUCAUUUUCUCUCCUCUCCAUUUAUGACCUCAAUUAUGUAUAUCUUCUCUUUUAUCCCCUGUGUUUCUUAUGUUCUUUACUAAUCUUUUGUUUUCUCUUCUUUCUGAAAGUUCUGGUAUAUCUUUCAGUUCAAUAUUUCUGCUUUUAACUAUUUUACCUGUGAAAUCCGUCCAUUGAGUUCUCAAUAUCUGGUAUUAUAUUUCUCCGUUCUAGGAUUUCCAUUUGGUCCUUCCUCAGAAUUAUCAGUUUUCUGCUAACACUCUCAAGAGCAUAUUAAGUAUAACUAUUUUAAAGCCCAUUAUUUGUAUCUUCAGUUGGUUUAUUUCUACCAUCUAUUGUUUAUUUUUAUAGUCUUAUUUCUUCAUAUGCCUGAUUAUUUUUAUUAAGAGCUGAAUAUUUUAUAUAAAUUUAAAAUAUAGACAUAAUUUGAGGCUCUUGAUGAUGUUAUAUUUCUUCAGACAAGAUUUAAAUUAGCUUCUGGAGGGCUAGGGGCACUAAUCACCUUAACUCAGGGAUUCAGAUGAUUUAGAGCAAGAGUUUGAGCCCCUGGGAGAGCCACUCUUCAUCUGGCUCACCUAGCAGAAUCACAAUACAAAGCCAAGGGCACUUUACCAGGGCCUGCCUUCCUAUGAGGACUAUAGUUUCCAAUUUUACCUCUAGCCCAGGAAUUAGUGCAUUAUGAACCACAGGCCAAAUCUAGCCUACCACCUGGUUUUAUAAAUAAAGUUUUAUUGGAACACUCUUAUGCCCGUUCAUUUAUAUAUUGCCUAAGGCUACUUCUAUGCAAUAAUGACAAAGUUGAGUAGUUGUUAGAGACAAAUGGCCCCCAAAGCCAAAAUUAUUUUUUAUAUGGCUCUCUAUAGGAAAUUUUGCUGACCCCUGUCCUAGGUCCUAAGUGUGAGGAAAGCUCUGUCUAGCUUCUUAGCAAUCUCCUCCGGAAAUGGCAGGUAGCCCUAAAGGAAAAAUAGCCCCAAAGUCUACGGUAACCUCUCAUAGCUUCUUUCUUCUACUGGCUCAUAGGCCUAUGAUAUUUUUUACUGCAUCAUUAGCUCUCUGAUGUCUUCAAGUAGAUUUUUUUUUCCAGCAUUUCCUAGUUCACUCUAUGGGAGGGUUGAUCUGAAUUUCAUGGAUUGUGAGGAAGCAGAAAUCUUUGUUUCUUGUAAGACAUUUGUACAACUGGUUUUAAAACAAAUUCAGCCUGGCAGUGGGUAUUCUGCCACCCCCUUUUGUUGGUUAAAGUAUUGUUUUCCAAGGAUAUUGUCCUUUGUUAACUUUGAUCUCUUCUAGUUGUUUGCUACAGUGAUUAUGGUGCAGUUAUUCUAGUUCUAGUUAUUCUGGUUCUUAUAAGACCUGCUAUCACCAUACAAAAUGAAUCCCUUUCUAGACUAUUUCAUAAUAUAUUUACUUUACUAAAUUUUCCCCCUUCUAAUCAAUCCUGCAUAUCUGCUUCUGAAUAACCUUCAGAAUGGCUCAAAAACCUUCAGUUAUUCCCCAUUGUCUACUAAAGAAAUUCUUAACCUGCCAUUCAGUGUUCUUUUUGUUCUCUUUUUCCUUAUCCUACUUUUCAAGCUUUUCCCUCCUGCUAAUCUAGUGUUCAUACUUUGGUCAAAAUAGACACUCAACUCUGCUUAAUAAAUACCAAAUUAUUCCCAUCCAACUUAAUGCUUCUUUCUCCUUUAGAUUGAACUUCCUCCCAGUUCUACUUUUCAAAAAUUCAAUUCAAAUGGAAUUAUGUCUAACCACCUCUUUCUUAUUCUUGUAUGCCUCACAGUGGCAUGGACCUAGUGCACAAUCAAUAAACGUAUGUUUUUUGCUGGAAAUAAGAGUUGGGUUCCACAAUAUUUGCUUUGACUAACUUCUCUUUCUAAACAUUUCAGCUGGAGAAGCAAAGAUAAACUUUUUAAUUGGGGAGUACUGUCAGUCUAUUUUUUUCUACAGGUAUUUGAGUUAUUAAAAUAAUUGCUAAAAUUAGUGAAUUAUUUAUAUCAUUAAAUUGGCUAGAUGAUAAUCAUUAAAUAAAGGCUGUUAUCAGAUAUGGUACUGAAAAUUUUCUUUUUUUUUAAUUUAAUUAAUUAACAUAUAGUGUAUUCUUAGUUUCAGAGGUAGAGUUCAGUGAUUCAUCAGUCUUAUAUAAUACCCAGUGCUCCUUACAUCAGGUACCCUCCCUAAUGUCUAUCACCCAGUUACCCCAUCCCCUUACCCCUCCCCUCCAACAACCUCCAAUUUGUUUCCUAUAUUUAAGAGCCUCUUAUGGUUUAUCUCCCUCUCUGAUUUCAUCUUGUUUUAUUUUUCCCUCCCUUCCCCUAUGACCUCUGUUUUGUUUCAUAAAUUCCACAUAUGAGUGAAAUCAUAUGAUAAUUGUCUUUCUCUGAUUGAAUUACUUUGCUUAGGUGGUAUUGACAAAUCUCUUAAAACUUUUAAACUGUUGCUAACAACUGAAUGAUUUGAAUCCACUAAUUCCUAUUUUAAUUCGAGUAACAAGGUAAACCAUGUAACCGGUAUCUAAUGAAAUGUGAUGAAAAAUAACUAAAUUCUAUUUGUAUCUUGAACAGUUGCCCUCAAUAGUUAAGUCAUGUUGACAAAUGGCAGGCAGUAUAGAAAACAAUAACUAAAAAGGUCAGGUCCUCCUGGGGCAGAGCUAGAAAAAGUGCCUAGAAUAAACAUUGUGAAGAAUGAAAAGUGGUGUAAUGUAAAACUGAACCAUGAGGAGAACAUCUCAAGGAUUGGUGAAUACUCUUUUGGGAUAGAAAGUGUCUUUAUCUGGCUUUUGAGUUCAGAAUGAAAGUAAUAGUACCUUUUAUGUGCAAAUGGAAAAGGAAGCAGUGAAAUGUGUAAGGAUUUAAGACUCAGUGCUAAUAUUUGCCCAUCGAUGAGUCUAAGCAGGCGCAGGCAAAAAGAAUGGUGCUGGAGAAAAAAGAAUGAAACAAAAUCCUUCCAUAGUAUUCAGAAGGCCAAAUUACAAUAGGAAGAAUGCUUUUAUUUAAUGUGAUUGAAGAGAUGUUGGGAGAAUUGCUUAUGACAAAGAACCUGCCAAUAUUUCACAACUAGUGAUUCACACUUUUGUGUCUGACAUUUUAUUCACCAAUUCUUUUUUCAUAGGUUUUGUUUUUAGAGCACUUACAUGUUUACAGGAAAAUUGCAUAGAAAACAUACCUACUCUCCCUCCACCUGUAUGCAGUUUCCCCUAUUAUUAACAUCUUGCAUUAGUAUGGUACAUUUCUUAUAAUUGAUUAACUAAUAUUGAUACAUUAUUAUUAGUUGAAGACUAUAGUUUACGUUAGGGCUCACCUUUGAACAGCUUUGUGGGUUUUGACAAAUAUAUGGUGUCAUGUAUCUACCAUUGCAGUAUUUUACAAAACAGUUUGCCCUAAAAAUCCUCUGUGCUCUACCUAUUCUUCCCUUCCCCCAAACCCCUGGCAACAACUGAUUUUUUUUUUUUUUUUACUGUCUUUAUAGUAUUGUCUUUCCCAAAAUGCCAUAUAGUUGGAAUCAUACUGUAUGUAACCUUUUCAGAUUGGCUUCUGUCACUCAGCAAUAUGCAUGUAUGAUUCCUCCAUAUCUUUUCACAGCUUGAUAGCUUAUUUCUUCCUAUCAUUGACUAUUCCAUUGUAUGGAUGUACCAAUUUUAUCCAUUCACUUAUUGAAGAACAAUUGUUUGUUUCCAGGUUUUCACAAUUAUGAAUAAAGCUGCUAUAAACAUUCAUGUGCAGGUUUUUGUGUGGACAAAAGUUUCAACUCUUUGGGAUAUAUACCUAGGAGCACAAUUGCAGGAUCAUAUGGUAAGACCAUGU